UGCUCUCAUGUCGGUGAAAGAGAUGGCGAAAGGAAUCACCUACGAUGAUCCCAUCAAAAACCAGCUGGAAGGCCCCUCGAUCGUGUUGAGCAUGUCUGAAGCUCGGCAUGACCGUGUUCGAAAGAAGUACCAUAUCUGGUGGAAGGGAGAGGGCAUUCCACCCCCCCUCAAGAGCUUCAAGGAAAUGAAGUUCCCUGCAGGUAGCCAUCUGAGGGGCCUGAAGAAGAAGGGAAUCCAUCAUCCCAUCUCCAUUCAGAUCCAGGGCAUCCCUACCAUCCUUUCUGGCCGUGACAUGAUUGGCAUUGCUUUCACUGGCUCUGGCAAGACAUUAGUGUUCACUCUGCCCGUCAUCAUUUGCCUGGAACAGGAGAAACGAUUACCAUUCUCCAAGAGGGAGGGGCCCUAUGGGCUCAUUAUCUGCCCUUUCGGUAAGUAGGAGGGAUGGGGGCGGGAAUUGGCCCGGCAGACCCACGGGAUCCUGGAGUAUUAUUGUCGGCUGCUGCAGGAGGACAGCUCCCCUCCCUUGCGCUGUGCCCUCUGCAUUGGGGGCAUGUCGGUCAAGGAGCAGAUGGAAACCAUCCGGCAUGGGGUGCACAUGAUGGUGGCCACCCCUGGGCGUCUCAUGGACCUGCUGCAGAAGAAGAUGGUGAGUCUGGACAUCUGCCGCUACUUGGCCCUGGAUGAGGCUGACCGAAUGAUCGACAUGGGCUUUGAAGGGGACAUCCGCACCAUCUUCUCCUACUUCAAGGGCCAACGACAGACACUGCUCUUCAGUGCCACCAUGCCCAAAAAGAUCCAAAAUUUUGCUAAGAGUGCCCUGGUAAAGCCUGUCACCAUUAACGUGGGCCGGGCAGGGGCUGCCAGCCUGGACGUCAUCCAGGAGGUGGAGUAUGUGAAGGAAGAGGCCAAGAUGGUGUACCUGCUGGAGUGUCUGCAAAAGACGCCCCCACCGGUGCUUAUCUUUGCAGAGAAGAAGGCUGAUGUGGAUGCCAUCCAUGAGUACUUGCUUCUCAAGGGCGUGGAGGCUGUAGCCAUCCAUGGAGGCAAAGAUCAAGAAGAACGGACCAAGGCCAUUGAGGCAUUCCGGGAUGGCAAGAAAGAUGUCUUAGUGGCCACCGAUGUGGCCUCCAAGGGCCUGGACUUUCCAGCCAUUCAGCACGUCAUCAACUACGACAUGCCUGAAGAGAUUGAAAAUUAUGUUCAUCGGAUUGGCCGGACAGGGCGCUCUGGCAAUACAGGCAUCGCCACCACCUUUAUCAACAAGGCCUGUGACGAGUCAGUACUUAUGGAUCUCAAAGCCCUUCUGCUUGAAGCCAAGCAGAAGGUACCUCCUGUGCUGCAGGUCCUGCACUGUGGGGAUGAGUCCAUGCUGGACAUCGGAGGAGAGAGGGGCUGCACCUUCUGUGGAGGUCUGGGCCACCGCAUCACAGACUGCCCCAAGCUGGAGGCCAUGCAGACCAAACAAGUCAGCAACAUUGGCCGGAAGGACUACCUGGCUCACAGCUCCAUGGACUUCUGAGCCCCUUGCCUGGACUGCAUCCAGAAGACCGGGUGCCUGUACACCUCUAGAGGAGGCCAUGGGGAUUCUCUGUUGGCACUGGCCCUGUCCUGCCCCCAGAGGACCACUAUCUUCCCCUUUUCAUCUUCUCCUCCUCUAUGGGUACCACCUAUUAAAUUAGAAGUACUGAGUUCA